AUGUCGUCCUCCACCAUCUCCACCCCUUCCGUCUCCUCCUCGUCCGCCACCGGAACCGCGUCCUCCGCCUUUGCCACGGCUACUACCACUGAGUCCACUGGCAACAGUAGUCGCAACGGCAACACUUACGCCUCGUGCGCAGGCAUGGACUGCAGCAAUGGCAGCUACGGUCUUGGCCCCCUCUCCCUCAAGUCAGUCUUUUAUUUCGUUGGCUUCUUGGGUCUGGUGAUUGCCCUUUUCUAUACCAUCUUUAUUGUCCGCCGCCGUCGUCGCCAUAACAACCGCCGUCGUGAUCCCGAGAUGGCCGAACAUUCUGGUGCCACCGCCACUUAUCGACCCGAUUCUGGCGAUGAAGUCAGCCCUCCUCAGUACAGGGCCUACAUACUGGACCAGCCCUACACGGACCUUGAAUCACCCAUCGUAUACCCAGACAGCGUCCACUACGGCACCGAACAGGGCCUCAUCCAGCACCUCGCCGUCCUCCAACAACAGGAACGUAGCCAACUCACCACCGCUGCUGCUGCUGCCUCUUCUCCCGAUCAGGAUUCAACCGAUGACGAUAACCUCCUGCGUCCUAUACUGACAACCACCAUGACAACCACAACCACAACUACCACCACAACAACCGUUGUCGCCCCUCGCUCUUCUUCUACCACCGCUGUUGCAGGAACAACGGAAGGCGGCGAGGCUGAGACAACAACAUCAACAACGAUUACCGAGCCUGCUCCUGCGCAUGCGCAGACCUUCUUUACCGGACGACACUUGUCCAUUCUCCGCAUGGGUCUUUCCAACUACUCCCACAACCACUCGCGCUCUUCUCGUCCCAACAACAAUCGAUCCUCGUCUUCGUCUUCCAACUCUUCCAGUGGUUCUCGAUCCACCACGCAGCAGCGACCUGUCCGUCAGAUGUGGACAAACCCCGCUCAAUACACCGAGAGCUACAUGAUCAUCAACGCUAACGGUAACAGUACUCCAGGAUCGAAUGGAUCGGGAUCGCCCGUCAUGCCACCAACACUGUCCCGACUCCGAAGCAUGGGUCCCCCACCUUAUAUUCCUACCUCGGACGACGAGGAAGCCCCCGCCCUGCCCCCCUCUUAUAACGUGGUUGUCGAGAUCUCUUCUGCGUCCGGAACCUCUUCCACUAUCGCUGCUACUCCUUCAUCCGAGAUCGCCGCGCACUAA